CAGAGGAAGAGCCAGAAGAGGAAGGCUGACACCACCACACCCACCGCCAACGACCAGCUCAGCGAGUCGUCUCCCGUGGCGACGGAGCCCCCCCGCCCCCGCCGUGAAAGCAGCAGCCGCCCGCUGAAGCAGCCCAAACGAGACCCCGCCCAGCCCGACUCCCAGCACCACCUGGGGCUAGGCGGGGGGGUUCCCGGGGGCGGAGCGUUAACAAGUCACGGCGGGAGCCCCAAACGUCAGGAGCAGCUGCUGUUCUGUGGCGGUCUUAUCAGAGACAUGUUGUCUAAGAAACACAUUGCGUACGCGUGGCCCUUCUACAAGCCUGUCGACGCGCACGCCCUCGGCCUCCACGACUACCACCACAUCAUCAAACACCCUAUGGACCUCGGAACCGUCAAGGAUAAGCUGGACAGCAGGCAGUACAGAGAUGCUCAGCACUUUGCUGCUGAUGUCCGGUUGAUGUUCUCCAACUGUUACAAAUACAACCCCCCAGACCAUGACGUGGUCAAUAUGGCACGCAAACUACAGGACGUGUUUGAGAUGCGCUUUGCCAAAAUGCCAGACGAGCUUGAGGAGACGGCCCCCUCCCCCUCCCCAGCCCUCAAACCCCUCCCCAACAUCUCUGCCCUCCAACCCCUCCCCGUCCCCACCCUCCACCCCCUCCCCACCCCCUCGGCCAGACAGCUCCCUGCCCUCCGACCCCCCUCCUCCUCCGAUGACAGCUCCUCCUCGUCGGAAUCAGAAUCCUCUGAGGGAGGUUUGGAACACGAGAGAUCACAGAGACUGGCUGAACUACAGGAACAGCUCAAAGCUGUUCACGAACAGCUGGCCGCUCUGUCCACGCCCCAGGCCACCAAACCCAAGAGAAAAGAGAGGGAGAAGGAGAAGAAUAAAGACAAGUUCAAGAAGAAGAUAGGAGGGGAGGAGCCACCGGAGAUCCCGCCCCCUGCCAUCCUCCAGCCAAUCAGAAAAAGCAAAAACAGCAAGGAGCUGGUAACCACGCCCAAGAAGAUCAAGAAACCGAGUAAGAAAGGAAGUAUGAAGAGCAGUCGUCUGGGCGCCCCACAUCAGACCGGCUCCACCCCCCUUGCCCCCUCAGCCUUGCUGGAGGCAGGAGAUGACAUGAGUGUGUUUGUGGGCGGGGCAGCUGACAGGUGUAAGCCAAUGUCCUACGAGGAGAAACGCCAGCUCAGUCUGGACAUCAAUAAACUGCCCGGCGACAAGCUGGGCCGCGUCGUCCACAUCAUCCAAUCACGAGAGCCAUCGCUCAAGAACACCAACCCAGACGAGAUAGAGAUCGACUUUGAGACGCUGAAACCCUCGACGCUCCGAGAGCUGGAGACAUAUGUCUGGACCAGCCUUAGAAAGAAGAAGAAAUCACAGCCAGCAGUAGAGAAGGCUCUGGAGGUGACCAGUGUGAUGAAGAUGAAGACAGGAUCUUCAUCAGGCAGCAGUGACUCCUCUGACAGCGACAACACAGGGCUGGCCCCCAGCAGCAAAAGUCCUCCUCUAGCAAUAUAUACUGUAAGAGACCCCACCAGUCCAGCAGGGGCGGGGUCAGCAUCACUGCCCCUCUGGACCCCUCCUCCUCCCCCAGACCCCCUAGUUCAGUCCAAACCCCCCAGCAGCAGCAUCAACACCCCUUCGCCCCCCUCCUCCUCCCUCCAUCCCCACUGUCCCUGUGACCUCUCUGGACUCCUCUUUGACCUUGUGGGGGAGCCCCCCCGUAAUGAACUGGGGGCUCCUGCCGCCGGACCCCCCCACCUCAACGCUACCAACACACACACCUCUGAGAGCACACAGCCCUUCCUCAACCAGCAGGCUGUCAUUCCCUCCGUCAUGCUCUCCCCAGCAGCCGUCCCGCCCCAGCAACCGAGCGGCCCCCAAACCCCCUCAGCCUCCCCCUCCUCCCUUUCCACCCCCUCCACUCCUCCUCCCCCCAGGCCUCCCUCCACAUUCCCCAACCGUCCUUCCCCCGCCCUUGUGUCCCCUCUCCCCCACCCCCACGGAAUCCUGGGGGUCUCGGCCCAACCCCCUCAAGCCCUAUUUGAGGACGACGAGGAGGCCGUGCCCACUAACUCUGAAACCCCUCCCCUCCCGCUCAGCCAGGUGCACAUGUACCUGCAGUCGUCUCGGCCCCCGGCACACAUACACCCCCACACACAGUCUCCUGGGGGGGUCCAGUCCCGGGCCCCAGCCCACAUACAGUCUCCUGGGGGGGUCCAGUCCCGGGCCCCGGCCCACACACAGUCUCCUGGGGGGGUCCAGUCCCGGGCCCCGGCCCACAUACAGUCUCCUGGGCGGGUCCAGUCCCGGGCCCCGGCCCACAUACAGUCUCCUGGGCGGGUCCAGUCUCGGCCCCCGGCCCACACACAGUCUCCUGGGCGGGUCCAGUCUCGGCCCCCGGCCCACACACAGUCUCCUGGGCGGGUCCAGUCUCGGCCCCCGGCCCACACACAGUCUCCUGGGCGGGUCCAGUCUCGGCCCCCGGCCCACACACAGUCUCCUGGGCGGGUCCAUUCUCAGCUCAUGCAGGCCAUGCAGACUCAGUCACAGGCAGCGGCCGCUCCAACCCAGCAACAGCAGAGGCUCGCAACACAUUCUCACUCACACCCUCAUACACACCCUCACUCACGCGCUCACGCACACAUGCAGCAGGCGGGACAGGGGAUGUCGUUCCCCCAGCAACAGAGCACCAUGCACCUGGCACAGAAAGGGAUCAAGCAGAUACUACAUCCACAACCAUCACCACGGAUCAAAACUGAGCCUUUCAACACAGGUCCUCUGAGGGAGAGCCCCUCCCCUCUGAUGAUACAUUCUCCCCAGAUGCCUCAGUUCCCACCAAUCAGACAGUCCCCUUCCCAGCCCAAGAAACCUAACCAAAGGGUGAAAGAGGAGAAGCCGCUCCCCUCCCCGGUGCUACCCCCCUCCCCUUUCAGCCCCACCCAGCGACACCACAAACCACAAGACAACAAACACACACACAGAUCAGAUGUGAAGCUAUUGGACAGUUCUCGUCCUGGGCUCCGCCUCCCGGACUCCCCAGCCCCUCCCCCUCCCCAUCAGGACAGCAAACUGAAGCAGGAGGCUAAAACCCCCGUCACUGCCAAGAAGACACAGGAUGUGAAGUUAAAGAACAUGGGUUCCUGGGCCAGCUUGGCCCAGCGUUCUCAGUCCACCCCCACCUCCGCUGUCCGCUCCUCUAGCGACAGCUUCGAACAGUUCCGUCGCGCCGCCCGGGAGAAGGAGAGAGAGAAACAGCUAAAAGCACAGGCCGAGCAGGCCAGGAGAGAGCAGGAGAAACUACGUAGCCGUGACGACGAGGACUCUGUGGAACAGCAGGGGAGGGUGCGUGUCCAGGACUCUCGCCGUCGCCAGGAGCAACUUUCGCCUCAAGCCCCCACGCCCCCUGCCUCAACCCCUCCCGCCGUCUCCCCACAGGCCCCUCCCACUGAACAGGCCACACCCCCACCCUCCGCCGCAGCACAGAACGCCAUGGACCAGCAGAGGGAGCUGGCAAGACGCCGCGAGCAGGAGAGGAGGAGGAGAGAGGCGAUGGCGGACACCAUUGACAUCAACUUCCAGAGCGACCUGAUGGCCAUCUUUGAAGAGAACCUGUUCUGAGAGAGAUGGAGAAAUGAGGAGAGGGAGACAAAUGAACUCUACCUUAUCCCUCCGGGGAUUAGACACACAUCCCCCCCCUCUCUCUUUGAUUAGAGACCUCAGACCAGGAUGUGAGCUCCAGAGACUUGACGGAGACUGAGGUGAGGUACAGUAAUAAGGUGGAGACCCCCAGCGGUGGGGACCGGGAGUACAACUUCCACUUUUUUGCAAUUUCAGAUGCGUUUUUUGUGUCUAACUGCCCGUUUAUCAUUGAUGAUUGGUUGUUGCCGUGGGCAACAGUGAAACCGGAUACCUAUCGAUAAACAGAUAUUUGAACUCCUCUUGUGUUCUGAAAGGAAACCAAGGGAGGAGGGGAGGACUGAGAACUAUUACCUGAAAAUAAAGAAGAGGGGAAAUAAAGAGGGUUUAAUGUAGAAAGAAGAAAGAAGAAGAUGAUGAUCACCCUGUGUUCUUCUGACGUGAGAGAGAGAGGGA